AUGGCCGAGCAAGACCAAACUUAUGUGGAUAUACGGCCGCUGCUUCAGCGCCUAUGGCCCGAUCCAGCCAAAGACAAUGUGACAGCUAAAGAAAUUGCCGACGCCCUCGCUCUCAUCUUCACCAACCAGCUUAGUCCCGUCCAAACCGGCUCGCUACUAACGGCUCUGCACUUUACCGGCUGGGACCGCCGUGCCGAUGUCCUCGCCGAAGCCUCCGCAGCUAUGCGCCGUCAUGCUGCCAAGAUCGACUCCGGUGCUCUUAACAAAGUCAUUGAGAAGCGGCGGCGACCCGAGGGCAAGUAUAAUGGUGGACUAUGUGACAUAGUUGGCACAGGCGGCGACUCUCACAAUACCUUCAACAUAUCAACCACAUCUUCUAUCCUCGCCUCCUCUCUCCUUCUCCUAGCCAAGCAUGGAAACCGUGCUUCGACAUCUAAAUCCGGUUCUGCCGACCUACUUAUGAACAUGCAACCGACGCCCGCGCAGCUAGGCCGCAUAAACCCCUCUACUAUUACCGAAGUAUACGCGCGCACCAACUAUGCUUUCCUGUUCGCCCCCGUCUUCCAUCCGGGCAUGAAGCACGUCGCGUCCGUACGCAAGGAGCUAGGCUGGCGUACCAUAUUUAACCUUCUCGGGCCCCUGAGCAACCCCUUCGGCGACGCUAUCGAAGCCCGCAUGUUGGGCGUUGCCCGCGACGACUUGGGUCCCGUGUUCGCCGAGGCUUUACGCAUCGCCGGCGCUAAGAAGGGCCUCGUCGUAUGCGGCAAGGAGCAGCUAGACGAGGUAUCGUGCGCCGGACCUACGCUAUGCUGGCAGCUGGUAGAACACGCCAGCGGGACGAUAGACGUCGAACACUUUACGUUAGAGCCGGCCGAUUUUGGGCUAAGCACGCACCCGCUGAGUACCGUGUCUCCCGGCCGCGAGCCGCACGAGAAUGCCGAAAUACUACGGCGACUAUUAAAUAACGAGCUACUACCUAACGACCCGAUCCUCGAGUUCGUGCUAAUCAACACAGCCGCGUUCCUAGUAUCCGCAGGGGUCUGCGAGGCCGACGAAAGCGCCAUGGGAUCCGGCGACGACGGAAAGGUUAUUAGGGAACGCGGACCAGGAGGCGGACGCUGGAAGGAGGGUGUACGCCGUGCACGAUGGGCCAUAGAGAGCGGCGAAGCGUGGAAGCAGUGGAGUGCUUUUGCCGAGGUUACGAAUAGUCUACCCGCUUAA